CUCCCAGGUUUGGAGACUGUUCCUUUGGUUAUUUUUCAAUCAGCUACUGUAUUGUUUGUGAUUGCAUCAUGGCCUCCACUGUUGCAGACUACAUCAUUGUUGGGGGUGGGCUGACGGGCUGUGCCAUCGCCUCGCGGUUGGCGAGUUCUUCUUCUGCGCCCUCUGUCGUUCUUGUUGAAGCUGGGCCGGAUCCAACUGGUGAGCCAGCAACCGACACAGUACUUGCUGGUUUGUCACUUAUGGGCGGCAAGCUCGACUACUCCUACCAGAGCGAGCCUGUUACUGAUACGGCUUCGCGAGUACACACUCUACCGGCUGGCAAGAUGCUUGGUGGCGGCAGUAUGUUGAAUUAUGCCGGCUGGCUGGUCGCCGAUGCGAAAGACUACGAUGAUUGGGGCGAGUCUAUUGGAGAUGAGAGAUGGUCAUACAAAGGGCUAAAGCCAUGGCUGGAGAAAACAGAACGCCAAUUCAAGGUUUCCGCUAUUUCGGAAGAUGUUGAACGGAAGUAUCCGUUGAGGGAGCCAGUAGCGGGUGCUUGGAAGGAACUAGGCUUGGAGCGAACAACGGGAGAGAAUGGUUCGAUGACGGGCUUGGCAGAACUGAAGGAGAAUAUUCGUCCUGAUGGGGUUCGACAACCUUCUUAUCAGGCUUAUCCUCUCGACAAAGUUGUUUUGCUUACUAGUACAAAAGUCGAUCGGAUUCUCUUCGAAGACAGAAAAGCGCAUGGUGUACAGCUUGAUGAUGGCCGUCAGCUCAUAGCAAACAAAGAAGUCAUCAUCUGCGCCGGUGCAUAUCGAACUCCCCAGCUGCUUUUGCUGUCAGGAAUUGGACCUCGAGAUCUUCUCUCUAAGAAUGAAAUCCCGCUACUUCACCAUUCCCCGGAUGUCGGCCAAAAUCUCUUCGAUCAUUUCGCAGUUUACAUGGCCUUCAAGCUUCGAGAUCCAUCUCAGAAUCUGGCCCUUGGAAGUCCGGGAUGGACAACCCCGUCGCUUUUCAAAGGGUUACCUUACGACUGGGUAGCAAACGAACCAAUUCCCAAAGAGGUCAUCCAGCAGUAUCCAUCGGAUUCAAAAUUUGCGAACAGAAAUUUAGCCGAAGUGCUAACUGUCUACGUCCCUCCUGGUAUCCCCGGUAUCCCUUUUGAUGGGUCUCACAUUGCCACAUCAACCAUGCUCCUUCUGCCUACCUCGCGCGGUACUGUAUCGCUCAGCUCUUCCUCACCCAAUGAUCCCCCAAAAAUCCAGCCAAACUACCUCUCUACUGCACUCGAUCGUGACGUGCUCAAGUAUCAUGCGCGUCGAACCCUUAAAAUGGUCCUCGGAACAAAAAGCCUUAGUGAAUACGUGGAAAGUGAGACCCCUCCUUCAGGGCCGGGCUUAGAUGGACUGGUACCACUCACUUUGGACGUCAGCGAUGGAGUAUUGCAAGAGCGCAUCGAGAGAUCGGGCAUGCAGCAUCAUCACUCUGGUGGUACAGCCGCUAUGGGGAAGGUAGUUGAUGCAGAAGGAAAAGUCUUCGGCGUCGAAGGUCUACGAAUAGCGGAUGCAAGUGUGCUGCCUCUUCCUUUGGGGGGACACCCUCAAGCUACAUUGUAUGCUAUGGCGGAGCAGAUAGCCAGCUUCAUUGUUGGACGUGACUAGUUCAGUUUGAACAGCUUGAUGGAAUCAACUCGGCUACUGAUAAUUCACAACGAUAUUGACGCAAUGAAUUCUGCUCAAAGCCUCGAAGCGUACGCAUCUCUCAAUUCUGUGACAAAUUCACAAUUGAAAAACACAAAGCCUUCCUCGCCAUUCAGCUUCAUUUUUGCGUUAUCCAAUCUCAAUUUCAAAUAUAGGAUACUGCUUUGAAAUGUGCCAGUUCCAUUUGUGUGCCUGAAGUGAGUCUGCAUAGUGUUGAUUGCUCCAAACUCUUCGUGCCGCAUCCAUGUGCGAUGAUUGCGACUACUGACAAACCAUAUAACUUGCCGCACAAUUAUCUGCCUCUACCAAGAUUGCUGUGUAAUAAUUCCUGGCUGCU